AUGGCAAGAAGAAAUGUCCUCAUUACAGGUUGCUCCUCAGGAAUUGGGCUGGCAAUAGCUGUAAAAAUGGCAAAAGAUGAACAGAAAAGAUUUCAAGUGUUUGCCACAAUGCGGAACCUGGCCAAGAGGGAGCCACUGGAGGCAGCUGCAGGUCACAGGCUGGGCAAAACCCUCGAGAUUAAACAACUGGAUGUCUGUGAUGAACAGUCUAUUAAAACCUGUGUGAACAGCAUCCCUGACAGAAGGAUCGAUGUCCUGGUGAGCAAUGCUGGAAUGGGGCUCAUUGGGCCUAUUGAAUGUCAGAGCAUUGAGGAAAUGAAAACUGUGAUGGACACCAACUUCUUUGGCCUGGUUCGGCUCCUGAAGGAGAUCCUGCCUGACAUGAAGAGGAGAAAGAGUGGGCAUAUAGUAAUCAUAAGCAGUGUUAUGGGAAUACAAGGUAUCUUAUUUAAUGAUGUUUAUGCUGCAUCUAAGUUUGCUGUGGAAGGAUUCUGUGAAAGUUUAGCUAUACAAGCACUCAAGUUCAAACUGCAGUUAAGUUUGAUUGAACCAGGCCCAGUGGUUACAGAAUUUGAAAGAAAAGUUUUUGAAGAUGGAAUGAAAAUGGAUCUUUCAGCUGCAGAUGAAGAAACAGCUGAGAUGUUUACUAAUAUUUACCUUAAAAAUUACAAACAAAUUUUCCAGAGCCUGGGACAAAGUGCUGAAGAUGUUGCAGAGCACACAGUAAAGAUAAUUCUUGCAGAAAAUCCACCUUUUCGCCAUCAGACCAACACCUUGUAUACUCCAAUGACAACUUUGAAGUAUGCAGAUCCAAAUGGAGAUCUACCCAUUGACAUAUUCUACAAAAUGGUUUUUCAGCAUGACAAAAUCUUCAGUGCAAGUCUCAACUUCAUCAAAUUGCUAAGGUGGAGAAGCAGAAAGAGCUUUGACCUGGGAAAACCUUCACAAUAAGAAUGAGAUUAUAUAGUGCAGAUUAGAAUUACUUGUUGUA